CUUCACCUUGAACAUUUCCGUGGUCGUAUUGUUGUUGUCUGGGAGAGGAGAUAUGCCUUGUUUUAAGUGAUUCUAAGUGUUUGGUGUGUGAUGCUUCCCGUUUCUUUGACACUAGCUACCUAUGUUAUCCCCGGAACCACUUUCCCUGGCAUAAUAUCUUAUCACGGUUACCGCCGAUUCAAAAGUUGGAAUUCCACGAGGCCUCGUGUACCCUAUUUUCGGUGGUCUAACAACCACUGUCAAGAUACAUCAAUGGACAGCGCUCGUCGAUUGUCAAGUGGCGAUACGUGUGGUGACAAUACUAAACAUAUAGAUAAAGAAUAUCCACGAAUUAUGAAACAACUACUGCAAGUAGAAGCGCAGAAUCUGACCGAAGCAGAACGGGCAAUACACGACCGACACUCCAUUGCUAUGCAGAGGAAGGAGGAUUUCUACGUCGAUCCCGCAACCACGUUCCAAGUGAUGACCAGUUUAGCGCAUCUGAAGAGGGGAGACUGCUGCGGGAAUGAGUGUCGACACUGUCCAUACGGUCAUGCGAAUGUUCCUGAUUCUAAGAAGACGAAAACCUUCAACAGCUCUUUCUAUGUCUGACUAAAGUUGUCUAUAGUAUAACGAUAGCUUCAACAGUAUGUUUUCCUACAGAUGUGUACAAGAACAAUGUGUAAUGUUGUAUAAAUGAUGAAUACGAUCACAAAAAAGUGUUGAAUAUU